UUUUUUCUUUAAAAAAAUUUCAGAGAAGAUUCCGGUCUGAAAUUGGUCAACCACACGUCUGCCCAGCUAUAACACUUGGAAGAACAACUCUGAGUGAAACAUAAAAACAACCGUAAAACCAUGCAUGUCUAAUUACUAUGUUGUCAGUUCAAUUCAACAACUCCAGCUGGUUCUUCAAUAAUUUCUUCCUUUUUCUUUUACAAGAAUCAGCAAAUACCGUAAACAAAAAGGUUUUGGAUUCAUACAGGUGAUAAUGAUGAAAUUUGACGGUUAUGUUCCAAUGUUUAAGUCUGAAAAAAGGAGGCUGUUGUGGGUACUUGGAGUGCUGUUUGGAUUGGCUAUAGUGGUUCAGUAUUUUGAGCUUCCAUAUGGAACUGUUACUACAGUGUCCUUUUCUCUUCAUGGUUUGGGGUGGUGGAAUUCAAUUGGUAUGAAUGCAACUAAUCAUGUGGGGGGUAGUGUUAGUUUGGGUUCUGAGACUGAAAUCAAGAAUGGAUUUGUGUUAGGCAAUGAAGGUGGAGGUGAUAAUGGUAGGGGUGAUGGGUUCAAUUUUAGUGUGCAGACGGGCGCCAAAGCGCCCGAAAGGGCUACAAGAUUUGAGGGUGGAAAUGGUGUAGUAGCCCCUCCUCCGGCUAACUCGUCUGUAGAGCUAAUGCCGACGAUUUCACCAUCCCCGUCUUUGUCCCCCUCGGGUGGGCAAUGGCACCCUAAUGCAACUUCGAUAGCUUCUUCUGCAGUUUCGCCUAGUCCCGGGGAAGCUAAAAUGGUCAAGAAUGUGACUACUGCAGUAGUUAAGCCUCGGAGUCUGCCAAGUGACCUUAGCUUAUCGUGUGAGAAUCCUCUGGUAAAGAAAACCGCCUUGGUGAAUAAAGCAAUGGCAGCGGUGCCAAUUUCAGAGAUGAAGAAUAUGCUACCUCCCAAUCAUUCUUCAUUCCUUCUGAUUAAACCACUCUGGCCUUCGGUUGUUGAUCAAGAAUUGCUAAAUGCUAAAUCACAAAUCGAGAACGCAGCCACUGUUCAGGAUGAUGGUGCUGACCUGCACGCCUCUGUUUACUGGAAUGUUUCCAGGUUUAAAAGGAGCUACGAGUUGAUGGAGAAGACACUUAAGGUUUACAUCUACACCGAGGGAGAAAGACCAAUAUUUCAUCAAUCCGCCGAUCUGACGGGUAUAUAUGCUUCAGAAGGCUGGUUCAUGAGGCAACUAAUAAACAACACGGGUUUCGUGACAAACGACCCUAGUGAAGCACACCUAUUUUACCUACCUUUUAGUUCUCAUAAUCUUGAAAAACACCUCUACGUGAGAGACUCUCACAGCUUUACGAACAUAAUCGAAUAUAUGAAAAGCUAUGUUGAAUUGAUCAAAGGAAGAUACCCUUUCUGGAACAGAACCUGUGGAGCUGACCAUUUUCUCGUGGCCUGCCAUGACUGGGCUGCAGAGGAAACUAGGUACGAUAUGGCUAACUGCAUAAGAUCUCUCUGCGUUUCUGAUCUUCGAGAAGGCGUCCAAUUGGGAAAGGAUGUUUCUCUCCCAGAAACAUAUGUACAUUCGUCGAGCAAUCCCCUGCAAAGCCUUGGAGGAUAUCCACCUUCCAAGCGCCGUUUUCUCGCUUUCUUUGCAGGUCAAAUGCACGGUUAUGUUCGCCCUACUCUCUUACAAUAUUGGGAGAACAAAGAUCCCGACAUGAAGAUAUUCGGGCAUAUGGACAGGAAAGACUACAUAGUACACAUGAAGAGCAGCAAAUACUGCAUCUGUGCCCGGGGUUACGAAGUCAACAGCCCUAGAGUGGUGGAGGCUAUUUCGUAUGAGUGUGUUCCCGUGAUCAUAUCAGACAACUUUGUUCCUCCGUUUUUCGAGACUUUGAACUGGGAAUCCUUUGCUGUUUUCGUCCUCGAGAAGGACAUCCCGAACCUCAAGAACAUACUUAUGUCCAUCCCAGAAAAGACGUACCGGGAGAUGAAAACGAGAGUUAACCGUGUGCAAAGGCAUUUCCUUUGGCAUUCUCGUCCUCAGAGGUACGACAUCUUUCAUAUGAUACUUCAUUCCAUUUGGUACACUAGAGUUUUUCGGACGGUACAGUAAUUAUAUUACUUGACCAGAAAAAAUGUAUGCCCUUAGCUUUUUGUGUUAAAGUUCUUUGCAUAUGCUAUAGAAAACACCUGAUGGAACAUCGCAGGUUCGCUUUUAAUUGUUAUUAACUUAAUUACGGUUAUGAUCAUCAGUAAAAGUUUGUGUGUUUUAAUUCUA